UGCCCAAAUCUUUCCCAGUACUCUGCUCAUUAUUGUUCUUCAUGCUGAUCCAUCGGGUGGUACCAUUUGUCCGUGAAGAAUGGUGGCCACCACAUGGAGAUUUCAAGGUGAAAUGUCCAUAUAAGGAAGUAGACUUGAGCUGGUUCAAAGGAACACUGAAGCCCUGCAGUGGUAUAUAUCAUCCGAUCUGUGGCACCAAUUUGGUAACCUAUGAAAACCCCUGCAUCUUGUGUAUUGAGAGCUUGAAAUCUUCUGGGCAUAUUAAGUUUCUACGUGAUGGAGCAUGCUAGUUAAGCAGACUUGGAUGUGAAAGAAUAUAUCUUCUUUUUCUCCCUCAUGGCAGUCCUCCUCUUACAACUCACCUGUCCUUUUUUCCUCCUUGCAUAUGUUCUUGGUGACAGAGAGCUGCCCCUAUUGAGCUUGUAUCAGAUAGUGAAAGCUUCCUUCUUUAGUCCUCUUCCCUCU